AUGGAGAUAACGUUGAUGAUACUCUUACCUUUCUUUAAAUUCAACUACUUGCUUCUUUCCCUUGAAAUGCGGCACGAUUCAUCUUCAUGUUCAAAUGCAGUCAGAGGAGUUCAUCACACUGCGAAUGGGAAUACGUCUCAUCCAGGUAACACUUCUUCUCCCAAAAUAGAUUUGAAGUUCAUUAAGCCGCGAAAUGGGGGUGAAAACGGUAGAGUUAAGGUGCAGCCACCUCAAGGAGUGGCAGCAGCUGGGUCAGGGGAAUGGGAAAAUGCUUUAGUUGGGUAUUUUCUUGGCCACAAACUUCCCUACCUCACGGUAAAUACCAUAGCCCAACAUAUAUGGGGAAAGUCGGGUCUAGAGGAGGUCCUCUCAUCUGAAAUGGAUUUUUUCUGUUCAAAUUCAAAGAUCAUGACAAUAUGUGCUCUAUGA